AUCAGAUGGGAGUCUGCUGUCUGGUGUGUUUCUUAGCAGUCUACUAGAUUGUUUGAAUUUACAUUUUUAAGGAUGGCUUUAAAUCACUUCACUAUUAAUGACUGGUUGGCAUCCUUCCCACUUUGCAGAGGACUUAACACUAUCACUCUGGGUUUCCUCUGACAGCUCUUUCAAGCAUUUAAUUGGAGGACUGGACGAUGUCUCUAACAAAGCAUAUGAGGAUGCAGAAGCGAAAGCAAAAUAUGAAGCCGAAGCUGCCUUCUUCGCCAACCUGAAGCUGUCUGACUUCAACAUCAUUGACACCCUUGGAGUGGGAGGUUUCGGACGAGUGGAACUGGUCCAGUUGAAGAGUGAAGAAUCUAAAACAUUUGCGAUGAAGAUCCUCAAGAAACGACACAUUGUGGACACGAGACAGCAGGAGCACAUCCGCUCAGAGAAGCAGAUCAUGCAGGGGGCUCAUUCCGAUUUCAUCGUGAGGCUAUACCGGACAUUUAAAGACAGCAAAUACUUGUACAUGUUGAUGGAAGCUUGCCUAGGUGGAGAACUCUGGACUAUUCUCAGGGAUAGGGGUUCAUUUGAAGACUCGACAACCAGAUUUUACACAGCAUGUGUGGUAGAAGCGUUUGCCUAUCUGCAUUCCAAAGGAAUCAUUUACAGGGACCUCAAGCCAGAAAAUCUCAUCCUAGAUCACCGAGGUUAUGCCAAACUGGUUGACUUUGGCUUUGCAAAGAAAAUAGGAUUUGGAAAGAAAACAUGGACUUUUUGUGGGACUCCAGAAUACGUGGCCCCAGAGAUCAUCCUGAACAAAGGCCAUGACAUUUCUGCUGACUACUGGUCACUAGGAAUUCUGAUGUAUGAGCUUCUGACUGGCAGCCCACCUUUCUCAGGCCCAGAUCCUAUGAAAACCUACAACAUCAUACUGCGGGGGAUUGACAUGAUAGAAUUUCCAAAGAAGAUUGCAAAAAAUGCUGCUAAUUUAAUUAAAAAACUAUGCAGGGACAACCCAUCAGAAAGGUUAGGAAAUUUGAAAAACGGAGUCAAAGACAUUCAAAAACACAAGUGGUUCGAGGGCUUUAACUGGGAAGGCUUAAGAAAAGGCACCUUGACUCCUCCCAUAAUUCCAAGCGUUGCGUCGCCCACGGACACAAGCAAUUUUGACAGUUUCCCUGAGGACGGCGACGAGCCACCGCCUGAUGACAACUCGGGCUGGGACAUAGACUUCUAAUGCAUUUCUCUUACCUGCUUCUGCCUUGCUGAAGACAGCUUCUUUCUCUGAGACACAGCUGCCAGCAAACCUGAGGGAAAGAGAGAAGAUGAGUGCUCGGGGUCACCAUGAUGCCUUUGAUCGAUGCUGCUCCAGUCAGUAACUACAGUGGCAUUAGGACUUAAUGCUUAGACUACGACAGUGCUCUUUUACCUGUUUUAUGUUUGAACCUAAAAUAGCAGUUGACAUGGUGGUCCUGAAGCAAAGCCUUUCACCAGUAAAGCGAUGUUUUCUAUUGUU